GGAGCGGCCGCGGCCCGCAGGUGUUUGCAGAAAGGUGCUGAAGUGCUACUCCUACAUCUCCCCCCUGGAGCCUUGUGCUCAUCCAUCCCUCCCUGAGAGUUUCAAAGUCCUUGUCCUCAGGACAGUUGAUUUCUAUAAGCACUAAGUUGGCGGUAGCUGAGGUGGGUUCAGCAGGAGAAGCAAACCUGUGUGAAAAAAGCCCACAAGCACUGCUAGGAGAAGGGACAGCAAGGCAUUUCUGCCCCAAGUGCUAACGCUUUGUCCCUCUAGAGAAUACAGCUGAACUUUUGGAAGCUCCUCAGUUUGGAGCUGCAGCUGGGGAAACGUGAGAUCCAGUUUCAUGUUUCAAUGGGCUGAGCACAAGGCUCACGUUCCCCAGCAUCGCUCCAGUGCUCCGUGUUCAGAUCUCCCUGCUGUGCCGUGGCUGCCCAGGGAGCUCCACCAUCCUGCACGUGUCCAGCUCUUGGUUUGAGGUUUGAUCUGCCCAGGGAGCUCCACCAUCCUGCACGUGUCCAGCUCUUGGUUUGAGGUUUAAUCUGCCCAGGGAGCUCCACCAUCCUGCCGUGUCCAGCUCUUGGUUUGAGGUUUAAUCUGCCCAGGGAGCUCCACCAUCCUGCACGUGUCCAGCUCUUGGUUUGAGGUUUAAUCUGCCCAGGGAGCUCCACCAUCCUGCACGUGUCCAGCUCUUGGUUUGAGGUUUCAUCUGCCCAGGGAGCUCCACCAUCCUGCACGUGUCCAGCUCUUGGUUUGAGGUUUCAUCUGCCCAGGGAGCUCCACCAUCCUGCACGUGUCCAGCUCUUGGUUUGAGGUUUCAUCUGCCCAGGGAGCUCCACCAUCCUGCACGUGUCCAGCUCUUGGUUUGAGGUUUCAUCUGCCCAGGGAGCUCCACCAUCCUGCAUGUGUCCAGCUCUUGGUUUGAGGUUUAAUCUGCCCAGGGAGCUCGACCAUCCUGCACGUGUCCAGCUCUUGGUUUGAGGUUUAAGCAGCCAGUAAGGGAUAGUGCUAAUCUAGAUGAAUGAGAUGGAUUCAUCAGAGGGUUUUGGCCAGCCCUGAGUGCCCGUCCUUUGGAAGAUGAUAGCAGAGUCACAUCCAAGAUUCAGGAUCUUGCUGCAGAAACACCUGAAGCUGACAGAAGUUUGUGAAGCUCUGCUGAUUGCAAUAGAUACCCUGUGUGGUGCCUGCUGCUGAGAGAGUGGGUGCUGGCACGGGGGCACACGAGGGGCCGUGCUGGCAGCCUGGGUCCUUACACCGAUGAUGAUGAUGAUGUGCUCCAUGACUCAGUGCUUCCUGGCUCACAGCCUGAGUCAUCGUUUUGGAGGCCACUGGACCUCAUAAUGAGGAGCUGUCAGGAUCCUAGGAUUAAUUCCAGUGCUUGGAGGGUUGCAGACAGAAGUAUAUUGUGAAGAACUACUUCUACUACUACUUGUUCAAGUUUUCAGCUGCUUUGGGUGAAGAGAUUUUUUAUAUCACUUUCCUUCCAUUUACCUACUGGAAUAUAGAUCACUCUGUGUCUAGAAGAAUGAUAAUUGUUUGGUCUAUAGUGAUGUACAUAGGCCAGGUCUCCAAGGACAUCCUGAAGUGGCCUCGGCCCCUGUCACCACCUGUCGUGAAGCUGGAGAUGAGGACGAAUGCGGAGUAUGGGAUGCCAUCCACCCACGCCAUGGCAGCUACAGCCAUCUCCUUCUCCUUUUUCAUUGCAACCAUGAACCUGUACAAGUAUCCAUUCGAGCUGGGCCUGGCAGCAGCGUUUGUGUUUUCGACGUUGGUGUGUCUGAGCAGGCUCUACACAGGGAUGCACACAGUCCUGGAUGUGAUAGGAGGUGCGCUGAUUUCGGCUGUGCUGCUCGUGCUCUUGUAUCCUGCGUGGGACGCGAUAGAUCACUUACUGCUAACCAACCCCUUCUGUCCACUGUUUUCCAUCGUUGUGCCUCUUGUCUUAUGUUACAACUACCCCAAACUAGACUAUUACAGCCCGACCAGGGGAGACACCACUACGAUCUUAGGAGCAGCAGCUGGAGCCACUGUGGGAUUUUGGUUAAACAACCAAUACGCUGCCUCAGCCUACACCGGUGAAAGCGUUCAGCCUGGAUUUCCUCUGAUCGCCAGUACAACGGCGUUUGUGCUGGCCAGGUUCUUCGUGGGGAUCUUGGUUGUCCUGCUGACGCGCUGGCUCAUGAAGAGCGUGGUGCUUGGCGUGCUGGGCUAUCGGUACAAGUUCCCCAUUGGCGACCUGGAGGCCCGGAGACGCCUGGAAGUUGAGGUGCCCUAUAAGUUUGUAACGUACUCCUCCGUUGGCUUCACGGCCACCGUGAUUGUGCCGCUGCUGCACGAGCUGCUGGGACUGAUGUGAGCACAGCUCCUCCUCACCCAGCCACCGGCAGCACCACCGCUUCGGAGACGUGAUAACACAGGCUGGUGACUUGAACAAAAAAUGUUUUGUGCCUUUCUGCACUGGUGUGGUGGGUUUGGCUCUGGCUGCAUGCCAGGGGCUCACCAAAGCUGCUCUACCACUCCCCUCUCUCCAGGGAGAAAAUAUGACGAGAGGAUCAUGGCUUGAGACAAGGGCAGGGAGAGAUCGCUCAGCAGUUUUACUGUCACAGGCCAAACAGACUCAGCUUGGGGAAAUAAGUUUAAUUUAUUAUCAAACUAAUCAGAGUAGGAUAAUAAGAAAUAAAACUGAACAUUACAACCACCUUCUACCUACCCCUCCCUUCUUUCUAGGCUCAACUUCCCUCCUGAAGUCUCUACCUCCUCCUACUCACCAUCACAGGGGGAUGGGAAUGGAGGUUGCAGUCAGUCCAUCACAUGCUGCUGCUGCUGCUCCCUCCUCGUCAUGGGUAGGACCCCUCACACUCCUCCCCUUCUUCAGCAUGGGGUCUCUCCCACAGAAGCCGGCUCUCAAAAAACUUCCCCAAUGGGAAUUUUUCCAUGGGCUGCUCUUCUUUAUCCAGCAUGGGUGCCCUGAGGGAUCAAAAGUCCUGCCAGGAGCCUGUUUCAGUGUGGUCUUCAAACCCUUCUUAGGGCAUCUCCCUGCUUCAGUGUGGGGUCCUCCACUGAUUGCAGGUGGAUCUCUGCUCCCCAUGAAGCUCCAUGGGCCGCAGGGCCACAGCUGCCUCACCACCAGCUGCACCAUGGGCUGCAGGGGAGUCUCUGCUCUGGCACCCAGAGCACCUCUUCCUCUUCCUCUUCCUCUUCAUUCUGUGAUCUUGGUGUCUGCAGAGUUGUUUCUCUGCAAUAUCUUCACUCCUCUGCCUGUAGUUGUGCAGGGUUUUCCUCCCUUCUUAACUCUGUUAUCCCAGAGGUGCCGCUACUGUCACUAAUGGGCUCAGCCUUGGCCAGCUGUAGAUUCAUCUGGAAGCCAGCUGGCAUUGGUCCUGUUGGACUGGCAUUGAUUCUAUUGGACACAGGCAAUAGGUGCUUCUGGCACCUUCUGAGAGAAGUCCCCCUUAUAGCCGCCCCCUGUCACUGCCAUGCCCUUGCCACACAAACACAAAGCAGCUGGCCUAAAAUAUUUGACUUGGAGGAGGUAUGGGAAUUGCAGUGCAUAGAUAACUUUGGGUUAGAAAUCACUGACCCCACUGUGUCCCCACUGUGUCCCAGAAUUAGACACCCUUUGCCCAGGCAACUAAAUAUGUCAAGCACACAGCCCAAAGCCCUGCCAGAGCAGUAACAAUGGCUGUUUAGCUGUGGGAUUGGGGUUGCUGGGGAGCAGGGCUCAGCCUCUGCCUGCCUGGCUGUGGGGCUGCUCCUGAAGCAGUAGAGCAAGGCAGGGCUCAGGUUUGGGGCAUCAGGGAAAAAGUGGCUGGCAGGGUGAGGAGAGAGGUGAGCAGCCAAGAAUAAAGUGCCAUCAUUGGGCAGAGCUCACAGUGUCUUCUGAUGGCACUGCCAGAUCAGGCUAGAUCUCUGUGGAUGGUUUUACCCGUCAUUACAAUCUAAAAAAAUACAAACCUAGAAUUGUAAAAGAGAAGGAAAAGCUAACACAAAACGUUUAAUGUGAUUUGCAAGAAAUUUACCUUGGAUCUUAAUAAGAAAGCCUCCACUAAAAGAUCCUUUGCUUACAAACUGAGCAGAGUUAUUAUCACAGCACUGAGGCUUGAGCUCAAACUGUUUAACCCCUAUUUAGUUCCCCUGGCUAGGGGAAAGGAAAAAGUCCUUCCUGUCAUGCAGGGGGGACAAGUAGAGCCCAUAAACUGCGUUGUGGAAGAAGCUGAGUGGUGGCUCUGGUGACUACUGCGCAUGACAAUGAUAAGAUGCCAUCAUUUUCUGCUGCUGCACAACAUCACAGUUGGUCUUCCAUGCAUCCUGCAACACUGUGUGUAUUACACUUGUAGAAUAGCAGGGAGGUGUGUCCAAAGGAAAGUCAUCCCUAUAACUCGGGCUGCUUAUUUAAAACUAUAUAUUUGUUGGACCAGUGAGCUGUUGAGAAAUACAGCAGUGAACGUGGUCUGCUUGGCUAGGAAAAUGUACUAUUGCUAUUGCUGCAGAGCUUCAAGCAUGGCCCCUGUGCCUGCCUGGCAGAAUGUACAGUGAGGGCCAGCUUUUUAACCGUGUCCACUUGUCUUCCUGGCUGCAAGAAAAAUGAACCUGAAGAAUGCAGAGGAAGUGCUUUGCCAUCCAUUGGCUGCCUGGAUAAACAUAAUCAGUUCCAAAACUGUAGCUGGGAGCUCUGUCUGAGGAGUGCAAAGCAUGCACGUGGAAGAGCUGCACCACUCUAAACCCAGGUUGCCAGUCUCCAGGAGAAAUACAGGCAGAAAUUUCAACCACUUUUAGAUUUGCUCAGGCUGUGGAUAAGCUCUUUUAUAUCAGGUUGUGUGGACUUUACACGUGCAUGCAAACAGCUCCAGCGAGCCUUUCAGCAGGGCACAUGGCCACUCACGCCUGCCCCUGGGUGAAUGCUCAGCAUGGGCCACCACAACCAUGGGGUUCUAUUUUCAACCUCUCUCCUUCCCACCACAGAAGCGCUGCCAUCAGGUUUAAAGUACCUUUAAAGCCCUUGUGUUAUGAGUGCUGCAUGACACACUGGUGCAGUGCACAAUUGGAGCCCUGUGGAGGGGCCACAUCACAAAAUUGGGAAAAAUACUAGGCAGCAAGAUGAGCAUUUAAGCUGGGGAUUGGAAGUACCCCCCAAGAAAGACACAGUUUGACAGGGACAUUAAUGCAGCUUCAUGUGUAAAAUUUCUGUUCUGAUUCACAGCUAUUUUAUGCUUUGAAGAUUUUUAUAAAUUAUAUAUAAAUGCUGCACAGGUAUUUUUAUAAUAUUCACCUGCAUGUAAUUCAUG